UAAGCUUGUUGUAAAUCCAGAAAAAAGAAAACUGGAGACAGAGGAGGAUGUAUCCCACAACCUGAAAGGAAAACUCAAAAAUCAAAAUCAGAGAAGCUCACAAGAGGGUAAGCCGGCUGAAGGAUCUCACAGUGCUGUGCAAAGAACCCAGAGCUUAAAAGAGAUGAAAGGCACAAGAGCUGAACUCAAAUUCUCAGAAAAAAGAGAAAACCCAGCUAAGGAGGACAACAGAGAAACUGCCGAGAAUGAUUUGGAUGACGUCAUAGAGGAGAUUUUAUCCUCUACAACAUCAUCUCUUUCAUCAACCCUGAAAAGUGCCAGUCAUUUUGGUGGCCUUAACUCAGGAUCUCACACCUUGACCUAUGGUGACCGGAAGAUUUUAGCCAAGAUGACAAAACUCAAUCAAGAUUCUCCAUUCUAUGCAACCAGCUCCCUGACUCCCACAACUGGCAACCACAAGGAGAAAAUCAGCCCUGUGGUGAUGGAAGUAGGAGACUAUGAAAAUACUUCUCCGUCGUCCAGGUCACCCACAAAAGAGAAAGAGCAAGAUGAUUUCUCUCGGCUUAAGCCACCCUCAUCAGCACGCUAUUCGCUCAUGGAAGAAGGAACGCCACGUCAAAUGUCCGUCAGGAGAUCUUGCUCGACUAAAGCUGUUCGGAGACGAACAAUGGAUCAGGUAAAAUUGAAUUAGUCAAGAUGGCAUCAGUAUUCAUAAGCAGAUUUCCUGCUUGUUGACUUACUAAUCUUUUGUAUAUUUUAUGAAUGUAGCCUCUCAUAAUGUAGCCUCUCAUAUUGUAGCCUCUCAUAAUGUAGCCUCUCAUAUUGUAGUAUUCUUACCUCACCUUUACUGUUCAUAUUUUUAUUAUCUCUAAAAAUUAAUUUUGAUCUUUAAUCAAGUUACAAAAAAUGUUUGUUUAGUAAAUAAUUUUAAGUGAAGUUUUAAUUUAUUUAAAUUGAAUGAAUAAAACGUCCCAUGUGUUAAUUGUUAAGUGAAUAGAUCUUACAUUUCAUGAAGAUUUCUACAGCUUAGGCUCCUGCUAAAAACAUUUCAACACAUAAACAUUUUACAAAAUAUACUAGUGCUACAAUCUUAAAAUUCACAACAAUUUUUCAACUUUUAAAAAUAAUUUUAUACCUUAAAACUUUUUGCCAGAUAUGGAGUCACAGAACAAUUUACGCAGAUCUAUUGCCCAAUUUUCUCUAAGGGCAGUAGUGAGCUCUCAGACUAACAGCCUCCUUUUCUGAGUUCUGUAGACACAAGACAAAAAACAGUUGAAUACAGUUAGCGAGAAAUGAAUCACUUUUUUGUUGUUUUGAGCUUCCUGUGGUGAUUCAGGUUGUCCUUCUUUGAUAUCUUGGUCAAGAGUUGUUUCCCAUGCGAAUAAUUAAAAAAAGCUCAUGAGCUAGGCCAUAUUUCUUUCUGUUUAAUUUCACAGUCUUUGAAGUUUCUACAAGUCUUGAAAAAAACGCUUAAUCCAAUGCCUUGAUUUUUUAAAGACUUUGUUGGUACCAUAAUUUUACAGUGAGUGAAAUUGAAUAUACAUCCAUGUUUUAUUUUUAUUGCUGUAUCUAAUUUUUAUAGUUAAAAAAAAUGUAUUGAUAUAUUCCUAACCUGCCAGAAUGUAGGUUCAGAGGUUAAUGAAGAAGAAGCCAAGCACCUGGCCAAAGUCAUCAACAGUUUCAAACAAAUGGAGUUGACACCGUUACGCCAAGAUGGUGGCUCUGCCAAAAGUUCCAUCAGGAGCAGUGGCAUCUUGCUUGCGACACAUGACUUAAGUGGGACCUCUAGACCUGGUUCCAGCAAUGGCUCUUUUAGGUCAAAAGGGAGGUUUCGUGAGCUCAAAGAUGGGAUCCAUUCAAGCGUGGCCAUGAUGUCAGCUGAUGCAAAACUGACAGAAAAGCUGUCUGUCAAGGUAAAGUUCCUUUUAAAAAUCAAUCAAUGUAUGCUUUAUGUUAACUGGUGACUGUUGAUUGUGCUUACUUAUUUCUCACAGAUCUUUGUCAGAACCUAUUUUUUUUUGUAUGUAAAAUCCUAAGAAAAAUUAUUUUUAUUAGCGUUCAUUGUUUGCCAAUGUCAAUUUUUUUUUUUUUUUUUUUUUUUUUUAAAUUUUUUUUUUUUUUUUUUUUUUUUUUUUUUUUGAAAUUUGUUAUGAAGUAGAAAAUAAACUUCUGUAAAAAUUAAUUACUGUCAUUUAAUCACAAUGAAGUAAGGAGGUGUAGAAAAUAUUUAAAAAUAAUAAUUCAUUAAAAUAAUUGAAGCUAUUAAAAAAUUAAAAAAUGACAAUUGCAAAGAUAUGAAUUGAAGAAGCAAAGAUCUAAAAACACAUGCGUUUAUGAAAAGUGAUUGCAUUAUCUACAGAAUGAUGCUAUCAAAUUUGGAAUCUCAGAGGAAGAGGCGGAGCUUCUUGAGAAACUGUCAGCCACAGAUGCCAACCCUGUAACAAUCCCAAUCUUUGAGGUAAUUACUGUACCAAUACCAUUCUUUGAGGUAAUUACUGUACCAAUACCAUUCUUUGAGGUAAUAACUGUACCAAUCUCAAUCUUUGAGGUAAUUACUGUACCAAUCCCAAUCUUUGAGGUUAAUAACUGUACCAAUCCCAAUCUUUGAGGUAAUAACUGUACCAAUCCCAAUCUUUGAGGUAAUAACUGUACCAAUCCCAAUCUUUGAGGUAAUAACUGUACCAAUCCCAUUCUUUGAGAUAAUAACAGUACCAAUCCCAAUCUUUGAGGUAAUUACUGUACCAACCCCAAUCUUUGAGGUAAUAACUGUACCAAUACCAUUCUUUGAGGUAAUAACUGUACCAAUCCCAAUCUUUGAGGUACUUACUGCACCAAUCCCAAUCUUUCAGGUAGUAACUGUUAUGUUUCAAUACAAUCCAGAGAGAAAUCUUAUACCCACUUUUUAAAUUGUCUUUACAGAUUUACACUUAAUUUACUUUCUUAUAAUGCCCCUAUUGUCCCUCACCUGGCUCAAAGCUUCUACGGUUAAAUAACUUCUCAAUGCUACUUUUGUCAUUCCCAAGACUCAAUGAGAUCAUGUCCUUAGCUGAUUUUUUUCCAUUUCUACUCUGAGCUCCAGCAAUUAAAAAUAAAUUGCUAUGAUUAUGCAGCCUUUUUUUUCUUUGUACUCCCUUGAUGUUAUAAGUAAAUAAAUUGUUGUAAAAGAAUAUUGUAUGUUUUUAUCGGAUUUUAUCAAAUUUGCUCAAAAUUAGGAAUGCGCAAGGAUUUAUUUGAGUACCCUCAAGCUCGGAGCAGUAAGAAUUUUCGCCAGCGCCACUACCCUCGUUUUUUUAUCCCCCCUUUUUUUAUUACAAAUUCUGCAUUUAAAUCUUCUUUUUAAAUUUUAUCAAUUUCUUCGUACACUGGAAAUUCCAUUUUCGUAAAAACCGUUCAGUGAUAUGGCCAAGCCAGGAGCUACUAGAGUCUGCCAUGCGUAGUUCUUUAUUUCAUGCCUUGUCAAGUUGUCUGUCAACUUUGACGGAUGAUUAAUUUCUGUUGUUCUAUUAGUUUCACAGCACAUAGCUUUUAGAUAAAGAAGAGUUAAACGUCCUCUGUAUUUGAUCUGUUUUUUUUGUUUGCAAUGUAGUGUUUUUUAAAGUAAAUAUUGAUAGCAGUUAUCCUCUUCAUGCAUUAUUUGGUUUCACAUCUCUACAUUUAGAAAGAAAUAUGUUUUCAAAGUUUGAUUAAAACAAAUUCAAUGUUAUUUGCGAUUUUUUAAAAUUUACAAUCAUGACAGAAGUUUAAAAAAAAGGAGAGUUUUCAUCUCUGCUCUAAUCAUUGUUACGUUUUCAGAAGAGCCUUACAGAGACCCGUCGUGGCAGCCUGACCAGCAGUGAGUACAACAUGGACACCAUCAAAGGUGAAGAUGAAACGAUUCAGUGGAAGAAGGGAAACAUCCUGGGCAAAGGGGCUUUCGGCACUGUAAGUAGGGAGGUAGUAGGGGUAAUUUAAAUGGGGCUUUCAGUACUGUAAGUAGGGAGAUCAUUAGGAGUGAUAUUAAAUGGGGAUUUCGGCACUGUGAGUAGGGAGGUCAUUAGGAGUGAUAUUAAAUGGGUCUUUCAUCACUGUCAGUAAGUAGGUCGUUAGGAGUGAUAUUACAUUGAAAAUGAUUGUCACGAGAUUCCCAGAUACCGAUACCAACACUUGUGCAGUUGUUUAGUAUUACUGUUUUCAAACAUUCCUCACUGAUCAUAUUCUACAGUAAUUAUAUAUGUUACUAUCUAAUGUCAUUGAUUGAACCGCUCAUCCUAAAGCAUGUUAAAACCUCUGGCUUCUCCCUCUUGCCAGGUGUGGUGUGGACUGACCAAUGAAGGCCAGCUGAUAGCUGUUAAACAAAUAGAGCUGACCACAAUGGAUAAGCUGAAGGCCCAGCUUGAGUAUGAGAAGGUGCAAGAGGAGGUUGAGC